GCAUGCAUUGUGCAAUCCAAACGGCCCCGUCGAAUUCAUUUUUGGUAACCGGGUAAUACCUAGGUACCUAGCCCCACAGGAAAAUGACCCCUCCAUCCCGUUAACAAGACGCGUUUCUUCAAUUCAGCCUCCGCAUUCUGCCUUUUCCAUACCUAGUACCUACCUACCUACCUACCUAUACACAUAGGCAACACCACCAUCGCAAUUCCCGCCGCGAUGGAAGGCCAGACGCCCAACCCUCUACUAUUGCCUCCAGAUCUCACGCCGCUAGAGCAAGAGGUGCUCGAAGAAUACGAGCGGCUAGCGGAGAACAUGAAGAAGCUCGCAACCGUACUGGACGCUAUGGCCGGACAGCCCACGACCGAGAUUCUCGACGGCCUGCGGGAGCUCGAGCGCAAGACGAGCCUGGUAUUCACGCUGCUCAAGGCGAGCGUCUACAGCAUCGUGCUGCAGCAGGAGAUCGACUGGGGCGACCAAACGCGGGGCUGAGCGGAUGAGAUGCAGAAAUUAACGAUAGCAUGAAAUAACCUGCCAUAUAUUGAGCCGCUUAGUUAUGGUACGAAUAGACUACCCCAAGCACCGUGUCUUCGGGCCUGGAUGA